AAAGCAGAGUUCAAUAAUAAAGUUGUUGUGCUUCACAAUAAUAUGCUGUCAAUCAAAUUUAUGCUUGUGAUGGUACUCGGUGUGCUUGUAGGAAAUUUGCCACAAAGAAGAAUCCGUUUUAUUGUUCUGAUAUACAAUUUUGCAGUUUAGCCUUGAUGGUUAAAGUGGAAUAAAGUGUGGUGACUUCUGCUUUCCUGAAAGUGAAAAUACAUUUUUUUGUUUUCUGCGUAGUCGUGGUUACGUCUUCUGAGUGUGUGAGACACACGUGGAGUUGUCCUCAAUCCACAGGUUAAAGACUACUUUGCAGUAAAUACUGAUAAGUGCACACGCCUGCUCGCAGGCAUCUAAUAACGGAAGUCAUUUUUCACCGUAGCUCCUCCUUAACCUAAUUAAAGCCUUUUUAAUCGGAGCCACACUGCAUCGGGACAUUUAGCACCAUGAGGACUCUCGUGUACAAGGUUGUUGUUUGCUCUCUGAUUCUGGCGCUCCUGUGCAGCUCGCAGGUGGAUUCGGCACCUGUGCCUGAAGACUGGAUUGGCUUGGUCCAUAGGACCAAGAGAUCUUUGCUGUGGCGAUGGAACUCUAUGAAAGCGGUGGGCGCCAGCUGCAGGGAUCAUAUGGAGUGCGCAACUAAAAACUGCAGGAGAAACAUUUGCGCUUUCUGGUAAUUCCCCUGAAGAACACAAACAAUUCCAUCAGGGCCGGUGUUGGCACAACAAGCUGCUUGUUCAUGGAUCAGAUCAACUAAAAACAACAUGACUACAUUGCAUAAUUGUAAUGUUGAAAUGAAGACUCGGCUACCAGCUCUUUGUUUAUGAUGAAAUUACUUCAAGUAAGUCUCUGCAUAGCUACAAAACAAAGUUGUAAAAAACUGUAAACGUGUCUGUUUAUUGGUCAAAUAUACACACCAAUGCAACAUU